AUGGCCGACAUCGAGAAACAGCCUCACGGAGAACCCUCCAAGGCUCCCGGCUCAACAGCCGAAGAUGUCCUCCCAAACCCAAUUGUCAACGCCGACAAGCUCGCCCGCCGCCUGUCCGGACGACAGGUGCAGAUGAUCGCCAUCGGCGGAACGAUCGGCACAGGCCUGUUUCUCGGAACCGGCGAGUCCCUCGCCAAGGGCGGACCUGCGUCGAUGCUUCUUGCUUAUGCCAUCUGUGGUGGCAUUGUCUUUAUCACCAUGCUUUGUUUGGGUGAGAUGGCUGCGUUUAUUCCCGUUGCUGGCUCGUUCUGUACUUAUGCUGGUCGAUUUGUUGAUGAUGCGCUUGGUUUUGCCUUGACUUGGAAUUAUUGGUUUAAUGAUGCUGUCUCUACGGCUUCUGAUAUCAUUGCUUUGCAGCUGUUGUUGCAGUAUUGGACUGAUAAUUUCCCUGGGUGGGCGAUUAGUUUGAUCUUUUUGGUAGUCGUCAUUGCCUUGAAUAUUCUGUCCGUCAAGGUUUACGGUGAGGUUGAAUACUGGUUGAGUUUACUCAAAGUUAUCACCAUCAUCAUCUUCAUCAUCCUUGGCAUCGCUGUAAACUGCGGUGGAAACAAAGAUCAUCAAUAUAUCGGCGGCAAAAAUUGGCAUAUAGGAGAUGCGCCUUUUGUUGACGGUAUCGGCGGCUUUGCAUCAGUAUUCGUGACAGCCUCGUUCGCCUACGGCGGAACCGAAUCAAUCGCCAUCACAGCCGGAGAAACCAAAAGCCCAGCAAAGACCAUGCCAAAGGUCGUCCGCAACGUCUUCUGGCGUAUCGUUCUCUUCUACCUCCUUUCAAUCCUAAUCGUCGGCCUCAACGUCCCCUACACAUACAAGGGCCUCUCCGAAGGCGAUACAAAGACAAGCCCCUUCACAAUCGUUUUUCAACAAGCCGGCUCCACAGUCGCAGGCAGCUUCAUUAACGCCGUGAUAAUGACAUCCGUAAUUUCGGCCGCAAACCACGCCCUCUUCGCUGGAUCACGUCUCCUCUUCACCCUCGCCGUGGACGGCUACGCGCCGCGCUUCUUCGGCCACCUCAACCGCUUCCAUGUCCCCUGGGUAGCAGUCCUCGCCACAUCCGUCAUCAGCGGUCUCUGCUUUGGAGCUAGCUACAUCGGUGCCGGCAAGCUAUGGUCCUGGUUGCAGAACAUCGUCGGAGUCUCAAACCAGCUUUCCUGGAUUUGUAUCGGCCUCGCAUCACUGCGGUUCCGGGCUGCUGUUCGUGCGCAGGGAAUCGAGCACCUCCUCCCCUUCAAGAACUGGACAUAUCCAUACGGACCCAUUUUCGCUGUUGGGUUGAAUAUUGUUCUUGUUCUAGUUCAGGGGUGGAAGUGUUUCAGUCCGCAUUUCAAGGAUGUGGAUUUCGUCUCGUACUAUAUCGAGAUUCCUCUUAUGAUUGUCAUGUUCCUUGCUUGGAAAUUGGUCAAGAGGACUCACUUUGUGAGGAAGUCUGAGAUGGAUCUCCGUACUGAUCGUUAUGAUCCUACCCAGGAGGAGGGUUAUGAUGAGCGGGAGGGUCAGAUUACGGAAAAGAAAAAGGGUCUUUGGGCCAAGACUCAGCGGUUUGGUCAGUGGGUGUUUUUCUAG